UCCGUCACCCAGGUGAUAACAGGACUCAGAUCCGGGAGCUGAGCCAGACUUUGAUCGAUGGUGGGAUUCUGGACGACAUCAUCACCGAGAAGCUGGACAACUUUAACUCUCGCUACGACGCGCUCAACCAGCAGGUGGUGGGCGUCAGGCGGUCCUAGAGAAGCAGUUGUGUACACUGAAGGAGCACGAGGCGAUGUUACACACACUUCAGGACUCGCUGACUCAGCUCGAUCAGACUCUUGCGUCCUACCUCACCGACCGCAUAGACGCCUUUCAGAUACCACAGGAGGCCCAGGCAAUCCAGGCAGACAUCGCAGCUCAUGAAGCUUCUCUGGAGGACCUGCGUCGGAGGAACCUGGGGAACGUUCCUGCUCCUGCUUCCGACGGGAAAUCAUCACGUGGAGGCACCAUGCUGGACCAGCUGCAGAGGAAAUUCCGUGAGAUCAACACGAAGUUCCAGCUUUUCCAGAAACCGGCCAACUUUGAGCAGCGCAUGCUGGACUGCAAGAGGGUCCUGGAGAACGCUCGCGCCGAACUUCACGUCCUCGAACUCACCGAUACACAUCCCGAGCAGAUUCAAACACACUUCACUGGCUGCAUGAAACUGUAUAAGACGCUCAGUGAGGUGAAGCUGGAGGUGGAGACAGUGAUUAAAACAGGACGACAGAUUGUCCAGAAACAACAGACGGAGAAUCCGAAGAGCAUGGACGAGCAACUGACUGCACUCAAAUUACUGUACAACCAAUUGGGAGCACAGGUAACAGAGGGGAAACAGGAGCUGGAAAAAGCUCUGUCUCUUUCUCAGAGACUGCAGAAGGACAGCGCCGCCCUGCAGGAUUGGAUUACGUCCACACACACACAGCUGGAGGAGAAGAUCAACAUGGGGGACAUGCCGGCUGACAUCGACGGGGAGAUCGGCUGGGCUAACGGCUUGUUAAAGGAAAGUGACUGUAAGAAGGCGGAUCUGUGUAAGGUGACUGAGAACAGCGCCACCCUGCAGGACAUCGUGGAAGGCAGUGAGGCUCAGCUUGAGGAUCAGCUGUUUGUCCUCAAUGAGGGCUGGCAACAAGUCCGGACUCUGACCGAGGACUGGCUCAGCUCUGUGCUGAAUCAUCAGAGAGAAGUGGAGAUGUUCGAUGAGAACCUGGCUCACAUCAGCACCUGGCUCUAUCAGACCGAGAUCCGCCUGGACGAGACAGAGAAGCUGCCCACGGCCGAGAGGGAGCGAGUGGUGAAGGCUUUGCUGAGCGAACUGGAGGCCAUGACUGCGAGGGUGGACGGGGCUCGGGAUCAGGCCGUCAUUCUGAUGACGGGCAGGGGGCCUGCGUGUAGGGAUGUGGUGGAGCCCAAGCUGGAGGACCUCAAUCGUAAUUUCCACAAGGUGGCACAGCAUAUCAAAACAGCUCAGUGCUCAGUGGGGCUGGAGCAUGGCCAGGUGAAGGUGCAGCAAGACCAAGAGAAGGUCCUGAAGGAUGCCUCUCUGUCCUCGACCGAGCCUCAGAAGUUUGAGGUGGAGUUACAGAAGGCUCUUAGCGCACUCGAGCAGCAGGAACCUGCACACACACCUGAUGAGGACAAGCUGAAUGAAGAGAAAGCACGUAUUGAGGAGGUCUUAAGGAGAGGCGAAGACCUGAUCCAGUCUGCGUCGGAUGACAAGCGAGAUGAGAUACGGCUAAAAUUGCAGCUACUACACACUCGCUACAGGGAGCUACGCAUCAUCCGAACUCGUCCAGCGGGAGAAGUUUGUGUUGACUCCGCCCACUCUUUGUCCCCGCAACCUCGUCAGGAAGAGCAGCGCGUGUCCCUCUCGCCGUCCUCCUUCCUGCUGGACGUCAACAAGGUCCUGUUAGCCAUGGCCGACAACGAGCUCCUUCUCAACUCAUCAGAGCUCAGCGGCGGCCUGUUUGAGGAUUUCUCCGGCCAGGAGGACACGCUGAGGAGCAUCAAGGAGAGUCUGGAGCGAGUCGGCGAGCAGGUAACGGCGUUGAACGAGCGCCAGCCAGACGUGAUCCAGGACGCCUCCAGACAGGAAGUGGAGCAGAUUGGGGACGCGCUGACUCAGCUGAAUGGCGAGUGGGACCGCGUGAACCGCAUGUUUAGCCAGCGCAAAGGAUCGUUUGACCGUGCCGUUGAAGAAUGGAGGCGGUUUCACUGCAACAUGAACGACCUGUCUCAAUGGUUGCAUGAUGCAGAACAGGCUCUGGCUGAAGAACCCAGACCCGAAGAAGAACCGGCGCAUACCCGCGCUCAACAAAAGGAGCUGGAAGACGGCCUUGCGAGUCACGAGGUCGUCCUGGUCGAACUGGUCCGAUCAGGAGAGCACAUCAUUACACAGCUGGCUUCUCCGGAUGGUCCCCUGCUCCAGGACAAGCUGGACAACCUGACGCAUCGCUGCGACGUGGUACACGCCCGAGUCGCCGAGCGCCGCCGAAGGUUAAUGGUCACCGAUCCCGCCGUGUCGGAAAUGCUACAGCGCAGUGCCGAUUUGUCUCGUUGGUUAGAGCAGGCAGAUGCCGCCGUGUCGUCGCUGCCCGCCACCAGCGCCGACCAAAACCUGCGCGACCUGAAGGCUCUGACUGAGGAGAUGGAUUUGCAGAAUGAGAGUUUGACCUGGCUGAACAGACAUGCAGCUCAGAUCCUCACAGGCUCCAACCUGAAGACUGCCGAGAGACAAGCUCACACCUCCGAACUCCGGCAGAUCAACAUGACCUGGAGCAAAGUGUCGCAGGAGUUAAUAGAGAAGGUCAGGGAGGUGGAGGCCAGGCUGCAGUUCCAGGAAAGGUUGAACGUCUUGAGCGACUGGAUCCAUGUCACUCAGCAGCCCCUGAGCGGACGCUCCGAGCUGUCACUUUCCGAAACCCAGGUGCUGGAGUCGACUGUGAAGGAGCGGAGAAAAGAGCUGGAGGAGCUGCUCACAUGUUCCAAUGAACUCCACAGGAAACAGCAGCUGCUUCCUCAGGAAAAGAGUCAAAUAGAGCAGUUGGCAGCAGACUGGAAAGGUCUUGAGCUGAGACUGAAAGACAGGACACCGGUGUCUAAGUCAACAUGGACACAUCAGAUCACGCAGCAACCCCUGUCUCCAGUGUGUGCUGAGGUUCAGAGGGCAGUGUUGCUCAGCGAGGCUCCUCUCAGUGCCGCGUGUGUGAGCGACCGGGCCACCGAACUUGCUGACUGGCUGCAGCUCAUUCAGCAGAUGCUCAAAUCCAGCAUCGUUACUGUGGGAGACACGGACGAGAUCCGCACCACCAUCGGCCGUCUGGAGGUGACUAAAGGUGAUCUGGAGCAAAGGCAUCCUCAGCUGGAGGAAAUUUUCACUCAGGCUCAGAACAUCAAGAACAAAACGUCCGACCUGGACGUGCGCACCUCCAUCACAGAGAAACUGGAGAAAGUGCGUGGCCAGUGGGACGGCACGCAGCACGGCGUCGAGGCUCGGCUCCUGCAGCUCGAUCACAUGACCACGCACAGCGACCAGUGGCAGGACCAGUGGGCUCGGGUCAAGUCUCUGAUCGGACAGAACGAGGCUCGCAUGUACAACCUGCUGCAGACGAGCCGAGAGCCGCUCACCAAGCAGAUCGGCGACAACAAGGCUUUUCUGCAGGACCUGAGCCGCGAUCACGUGACCGUGGCGGCAUUUAGUGAGCUGUGCGCUCAGCUCCUGCAGGACUACGCCGAAGACGACACGCGCAGGGUCAAAGAGGUGAUGGACAAAAGCGUCAUGUCCUGGAACGCCAUCAAUAACAGGGCGUCGGAUCGUCAGGCGGUUCUCGACUGGAGCUGAAACCUGCAGGUUUCUCUCAGGGAGCUUGAGGGUUUCCUCAAAUGGCUGCAGGAGGCCGAGACCACCGUCAACGUCCUGGCCGACACUUCACAGAGGGAGGAGCUAUCUCAGGACUCCAACCGCCUUCGAGAGCUGAAGGGUCAACUAGACGAUAUCCAGGCGGAGAUUGACGCCCAUAACGAUGUAUUCAAGAGCGUGGACGGAAACAAGCUGAGGAUGGUGAAGGCCCUGGGCAGUUCUGAGGAGGCCGUGUUUCUGCAGCAGAGGCUGGAUGAUAUGAACCAGCGAUGGAACGAGCUAAAGGCCAAGUCGGCUAACAUACGGGCUCACCUGGAGGCCAGCGCAGAGCGAUGGAGCAGGCUGCUGUCCAUUCUCGAAGAGUUGUGGAGGUGGAUCUGCCAGAAGGACGACGAGCUCACUAAACAGAUGCCUAUCGGAGGGGACGUGCCAACGUUAAUGCAGCAGCACAGCCACUGCUUGGCUUUGAGGGCGGAGCUAAAGGAGAGAGAGAACAUCGUGGUGAACGCGUUGGACCAGGCACGCAUGUUCCUGGCUGAUCAGCCCAUCGAAGGGCCUGAGGAACCGCGGAAGAACCUGCAGCCGAAAACAGAGUUGUCUCCGGAGGAGAAGGCCCAGCGGGUUGCGAGGGCCAUCCGGAAGCAGGCCGGCGAGGUCCGUGAGCGCUGGGAGAGACUCCUCGGACACGUGGGACGAUGGCACGAGCAGGUAGAACGCUCUCUGGAAAAGCUUCAGGACCUGCAGAGCGCCAUGGACCAGCUGGAUGUGCACCUGAGUCAGCCCGAAGAGGUCAAAGGUAGCUGGCAGCCAGUUGGAGACCUGCUCAUAGACUCUCUGCAGGACCACAUUGACAAAACCAUGGCGUUCAGGGACGAGGUGUCUCCUCUAAAGCACGAGGUGAUGAACGUGAACGUGUUAGCGAGUGAACUCACGCCUCUGGAUGUGCAACUUUCCUCCACAACCAGCAGACAACUGGACAACCUGAACACACGCUGGAACUUACUGCAGUCUGCCACUGAGGAGAGAUUGAAGCUCCUACAGGAAGCUCACAGAGAUUUUGGACCUUCAUCACAGCACUUUCUCUCCACUUCAGUCCAGAUGCCCUGGCAGAGAGCGGUAUCCCAGAAUAAAGUGCCCUACUACAUCAAUCAUCAGACACAGACGACGUGUUGGGAUCAUCCCAAAAUGACAGAGCUGUACCAUUCCCUCGCUGAUCUCAAUCAUGUGCGAUUCUCCGCUUACAGAACUGCCAUGAAAAUACGACGACUACAGAAAGCCCUCUGCUUGGACCUGUUGGACCUGUCCGUCGCUCAGGCCAUGUUCCAGCAGCACAAGCUGAACGUGAACUCGGCACAGCUGUCCGUCCCCGAGGUCAUCAACUGUCUCACAUCCGUUUAUGACGACCUGGAGCAAGAACACAAAGACCUGGUCAACGUUCCGCUCUGUGUGGACAUGUGUCUCAACUGGCUCCUCAAUGUCUACGACACGGGUCGCAGUGGGAAGAUCCGGGUCCUGUCCAUGAAGAUCGGCCUGCUCUCACUAUGUAAGGGUCACCUGGAAGAGAAGUACAAAUGCCUGUUUAACCAGGUGUCCUCGUCGGGAGAUACGUGCGAUCAGAGGCAGUUGGGGCUCCUGUUACACGAUGCCAUCCAGAUCCCUCGGCAGCUCGGGGAGGUGGCGGCGUUCGGAGGCAGCAACAUCGAACCGAGCGUCAGGAGCUGCUUCCAGCAUGUGAACAAUAAGGUGGAGCUGGAGCCGAGGCAGUUUAUCGACUGGAUGAGGUUGGAGCCGCAGUCUAUGGUGUGGCUUCCGGUGCUGCACAGAGUGGCGGCGGCUGAAACGGCAAAACAUCAGGCCAAGUGUAACAUCUGUAAAGAGUGUCCGAUCGUAGGCUUCAGAUAUCGCAGUUUGAAGCACUUUAACUACGACGUUUGUCAGAGUUGCUUUUUCUCCGGACGCACAGCGAAGGGACACAAGCUGAACUACCCCAUGGUGGAAUACUGCACACCGACCACCUCGGGCGAGGACAUGCGCGACUUCACCAAAGUCCUGAAAAACAAGUUCCGCUCAAAAAAGUACUUCGCCAAACACCCUCGUCUCGGCUACCUGCCCGUGCAGACCGUCCUGGAGGGGGACAACAUGGAGACGUGA